AUUACACAAUAUAUGUAAAGUAUUUUUUUUAAGUCUUGUAGGCAUUUUAAAAUACAAUUAAGCACAAUCAGGGCCAGAAUAAAAAGUUUCAAAUGUCUAUAACUAUAUCAACAUAUAAAAAAAAUCACUCAGAUCCCUUUAGGUUUCUCCAUUUACAACACUAACAAUGCAUAGGCCUGAAUGAGUAUCAUGUCAACUCAGCAUAAAUACACCUGUUUGUAGUUUUUCAGUUUUUCCCCUUUGCUAGUUAUUUUUGAUCUUUGCCCCUUCACUCAGACCGAUUGGACAUUUUUGACUGACUCCAUGUCACUGAAUUCAAGAUGGAAUUUCAGCUGUGCAUUAUUACAUCACAGUGUUCACAUAGCAACCCUAGAAUAUAGAAUUUAGAAUAUAGAAUUCCAGGCCCUAGACACACAACACUUUUUCACACAGAGAAACAUACACACCUUCGUUGAUCGUGUUGCUCUUUGUUCCAUAGUGUAAAGCAUUGUUGAAAAUGUUGAACCUACUGCUUAUAAAUAGUCCCUGUAUGGAUACUACACCCCAUCCUACAGAAAGACCAGGGAAGCCAGUCAUCCUGUGUGAUAUUAACUACCUGUGUGAUCAGUGGCUGUCACAUCAUGACCCCGAGAUACCAACUUUUCCAGGUCCUCUUCUGAGCAAAAAGAUGAAGAAGGAGGACCUGAUUGAUUUUAUCCGGAGAAAGACUCAUGAGUGUCUGAUUAAGGAUGAUGUACCUGACCAACAAGCAGCCUAUGUGUUUUGGCUUAUCAUGGAGAAGUUCUGCACCCAAAAUGGAAAUGUGAUGAUGACGGACAUCACUCCUCUCCUCUGGAUGGGCUACAAUGCUUAUAAGAAUAAGCUCGGAGAUCUUGAGAAAGAGGAUCACUGGUGCCUUCUUCUUGCUCGUUGCUUAUCCAACUCUAAUGAUUCAGAAGAUGAGCUGUGGGAAUCCGUCAUUAAAAUAGGAGACACACUUGCGUCCAGAGGACAAAUAUACCCAGCUCAUGUCUGUUAUGUGGUGGCACAGGUUGAGCUGGACUCAUACAAUGACAGAACCAGUUUCACUCUGAUUGGAUCUGGAGGUUUGCCAUUUGGGAAGUCAGCUAUGAGGGAAGCCUUCGAACGAACUGAAGUGUAUGAGUAUGCCCUCUGGUUGAACUCUGGGUUCACGCAGCCAAACUUUCAGAUCGUCAAGCUACUUCACGCCAGAAGGCUAGCUGAUUCUGGACAUUCUGCUCAAGCCCGGAACUACUGCAGGACCAUUGCUACGGCAGUAGCCACCUUCCCCAGCAACAUCACAGUCAUCCUCAUGAGCCGUCUUAUUACGCUCUCUGAGGAACUGUACAGAGGGAAGGCCAAAGAACCCAACUGGCUGGUAAAUCUUCGCUACCUGUGCCUACACAAGAAGGUGGAACAGAUUCUUGGGAAGGAUUAUAUUAUCCCAGAGCAGCAGGUUGUGUGGGAUGUGGACUCUCAGUCACAGGGUCUCCUGACAGCUGAAAAGUCCACUCUCCAUCUUACUGCCAUGGAGCUGCAGGCUGAGAUGUGGGAUGAAGACUCAGAGUCAGAUGGUUCUCUGAUGCCUGAAACGUCCACCACCUAUAUGAAUACUCUGGAACUCCAGCCUGAGGUCUGGGAUGUGGACAGCAAGGUCCAAGAAAUGCUCACAUUCUACCCUUCCUGUCUGAAAUUCCUCACUGAACCAGAGGCACAGAGAUUUCUUGCCUUGUACACCAUGGGAAACUGUCUCGGGAGUGGAAGCUUUGGCACAGUUUAUGAAGGAACUUGUAAGAAAGAUGGACAACAGGUUGCAAUUAAAUACAUUGCCAAGAAUGCCUCAGAUUGGUACAUCACCAUUCCUGGCGAGUCCUGCAAGCUCCUUCAAGAGGUGGCUUUAAUGCAAAUUGUUUCAAAGCCACCUCACAGCAAGAACGUUCUGCAGCUUCUGGAUUGGUUCGAUAUGCCCAACUACUUCCUGUUGGUCCUGGAGAGACCCGUCCCCUGCAUGGACGUGUAUUCUCUGUGUAUGAGCCAAAAAGGCGUACUAGAUGAACUACUGGCCAAAAUCAUCAUGCUGCAGGUGGUUGAGGCUGCCCGCUACUGCCAUAAUCGCGGCGUUUUCCAUCGUGACAUCAAGGCAGAAAACCUUCUUUUCAACCCCGACACAUUGGAAGUCAAACUCAUUGACUUUGGCUGUGGUGAUUUGUGGCAGGACACACCCUACGAGGAAUAUGCAGGAACUCCAGAUUUCUGGCCUCCAGAAUGGAUUCUGCAACAAGAGUAUAACGCCUACCCUGCUACUGUCUGGAGUCUCGGUAUACUCCUCUUUAGUAUAGUCUGUGGAGAAAUGCCCUUCAUAACUGACAAGGAAGUUGUUGCCGGGACCCUGCAUUUCAAGCCUGGCCUGUCUAAAGCCUGCUGCCAUCUGAUCGAGUGGUGCUUGGAACAGGACCCUACCAAACGGCCAAGCCUCCAGCAGAUCAGUGAACACAAGUGGUUCACAGAAGACCUUUAAGACCAGGUUCAGACCCUGUAUUGAUGGCAUUGAAUCAUGAAACAACAACCAAUUUAUAUUGACUGAGAAUAAAUGAAGAUCAGUGUACCUGACUGGCUCCUGUU